AUGUUCCAGGCAAGAAAUCACAUAUUAUUACAUCCAACAAAUGAUAAUGAAUACUUUAUCGAUCGCAAUGGGCGGGCAUUUCAUUACAUUUUAGAAUUUUAUCGAACCGGUGAGAUUACUUGGCCAAAUGAUGAUGCGGUGCAAACAUGCUGUUGUACACAAGUAUCCCGACGAGAAUUAAACAAAGAAAUAGAUUAUUUCCAAAUUCCAGUUUCUAAAGACAUUGAUUUAAAAAAUGUUGACAAUCCAAAAUCCUUAGCAAUAAAAUUAGAUGGAUUCGCGGCGGCGUUAGGGGAAGCAAUAUGCAUCGCAAGACAAGAUUAUCAAACAAUUUUUCAUGUAAAAUUUUAUGAUCGUCUACCUAUUCAUAAUAUGAAAGAUAUUCCAAAAAAUAUUCCAAUUCAAAUUCAUUCUCAACCACAAAUAGAUAGAUUACUUAGACCUUAUAUUAGUAGCGGUUAUUAUAUAUUGGACGUGUUUUCUAAACAUAUAGAAACACAUAUUAAAAGUCUCAUGCCGGAAUUAAGAUGGUGUUUGGAUAAACGAUUCAAAUUUGAACCAGAACCAACUUAUUAUGAUUUGAAAAUUGUCGGAAGUAAUUUAUUGGAUAAAAAUGAGAUACUGAAAUAUUCAACUCUUGGAAAAUGA